GGUGAAUCCCUGCGGCGUCUACGCUACCACUGUAGUGCUGGACGAAGAUUUUGUGGAAGAGGAGAGUUUAUCCGCUAUUGGUGCUGCUUCCUCUACUUCCAGAUCCACUUCCGGUGCAGGGACAGCCGAUGGUCGUGACACGAACUCAUCUGCUUCCCCAUCCUCGCAGCCACAUCUGAAAAGAACCCACAUUACCUUUGAGGGCGUUGCGAGCUCCGUCUACCUGUAUAUCAAUGGAAUUUUCAUCGGGUACGGCGAAGACAGCAUGACGGAGACCGAGUUUGAAGUAACAAACUUCCUCUUGCCACCCCCCCAUCCGAACACGAUUAUCGCCGUCGUGCCGAAGUUCUCUUCCGGGAGCUAUCUGGAGUGCCAA